AUGACUUCGCAACGCUCAAGAGCACGUACCGCCAAGACCACCUCCGGUUGUCUCAUCUGCCGGCUACGGAGGAAGAAAUGUGAUGGACGUAAACCUACAUGUGUCGGAUGUGAGCGAAACAAAUUGAUCUGCACUUGGCCAUCCCCAUCCGAUGGCCCCGGUGGCGCAAAAAAGGCCUGGCGAAAGCAACUCGCAUCUUCGUCUGCAUCAUUAAACAGCAUUGUACCCUCGACUCCCGAUGGUAAUCCUCGAUUGAAAGAGAGUAUUACCGAGACAUCACCGGUGCCAUCAUCAUGGCCAGCCACAUUGAGAUUUUAUUCCUCGAUACCUCAGGCUCCUAGACGGCUAUAUGAAGGACCCAAUGCACAGCUCUUCGAACACUACAUCCAUUCGACCGCAUCUCAGAUUCCAGGCCGCAUCAUCCCGGAAAAUCCUUUUCUCAGCCACAUUAUUCCCAUCGCGUUUUUCGAUGACAGGGUCCUAGAAAGCAUGCUUGCUAUCAGUGGGGCUCACCUCUUCUAUCGUUACCCUCACCUCGAAUUGGACGCACGGUCCCACUAUGCGGUUGCGUUACGAGGAAUUAAACACGGGCUGCAGUCAUAUGCCUCCAGUACACCUUCUGAACUGGUUGGUCUCUUGGCUGGCACUCUUUUACUCUGUCUAUUUGAGGUUAUUAUCGGGAAUACUCAAGGGGCGCUAUUCUACCAUCUCCGAGCGAGUAGAAAGAUUUUAUGCGCACUGAAAGAGCAACAUGCCUCGCAAGUAGAUACGUCUGUUGUGGAUUUUUUGAGUGAGCAUUAUGCCUUCAUGGCUAUCAGCUCUAACAUAACUUUGAGAACCGACUUCCCCGUGAAUCGAGACAUUCCUGUUGACCCACUUCUUGCGUCCCUUCACCGACUGAAUCAAAAUAAUGGGAUAUACGGGGUCAUGUUUGGCUCCGCUCACGAACUCUUCGAGCUGAUCCCUUCCAUAGCUCACUCUGCUAGAGAAGUGGAUCUCAAGAAAGAUACAGAUCGAUGGAAUUCCUUAAUUCAGAAUUAUGAGACUCGGAUAUACAUGUGGCGGUUCAAGCCGAAAAACCAAUACACCGAGUGCACGACCGGAGAUUUUGAUGCGCUCGUUGAAAUGGAGAGAAAUUGCGAAUACCUGACCGGAGCUCUGAUCUUUCAACAGGCGAUACUAAUCUUCCUCUAUACCUCCUUUCACGGCACAGAACCCCCAACAUCGGAACUUUAUGAUCGAAUCGAUCCUUGCGUGGACCGCUUUGUUCAACUCCUCUCAUCUCUCCCUGCAAAUUCCAAUGUUUUUUCAACAAUGAUGUGGCCGGUAUUGGUUGCUGGAUCUUGCAUGCGUCGUGCUGAGCAUCGGGAUUUUAUUGCAGGGAUUCAUGAAGAACUUUUUGUGACAAUGUGGUGUGUGAAGAGGAGCGUGGAGUUAAUGAAGUUCGUUUGGGAGGACCAGGAAAAUAAUGUUGGCGUAUAUGGAUUGAACGGACUGGAGUUAGCCAUGCGCAAGCGAGGUAUUAAUAUCUGCGCCAUGUCGCCGAUAAGCGCGCCUUCCCCGUCAGAGUCCAAAAACUCGCUCGGGUUCAAAACCAUUGACCUGAUCAAGAAAAACAUCCGAAAUUUUGUAAUUAUCGAGAAGGGUGGAGGUCCUGGGGGAACAUGGCGGGAUAACAAAUACCCUGGGUGUCGCUGUGAUGUCAUGUCUCAUCUAUACAGCCUCUCUUUUGCACCAAACCCUGACUGGUCUAGAGACUUUGCGGGCCAAGAGGAAAUCUUGGACUAUCUUUUGGGUGUUGUGGAGAAGUAUGGACUUUUCAAGCAUCUCAGAUUCAACAGUAUUGUUGAAGAGGCAUGCUGGAGCGACGAGCAAAGCAAAUGGAUUACUAGAGUCCAAGUCACUGGUGGCAAGGACAGUGAAUUUGCAGACAAGUAUACAAUUAACUCUGACUUUCUGGUCUCGUGUGUUGGUCAGCUCAACUAUCCGAAAUAUCCUGAUAUUCCAGGAUUGAAAGAUUUCCAGAAGAAAACAAUGCACUCAGCGCGAUGGGACUGGACCUAUGAUAUUCGAGGAAAGAAGGUUGUAGUCAUUGGGAAUGGCGCAACAGCUGUUCAAAUUGUCCCCGAAGUGGCCAAAGUGGCUUCACAUCUCACCGUCAUCCAGAGGUCUCCAAACUGGCUUGUACCCCGAGGAGACCAAGCUACGCCCGAGUAUCUCAAAAAAAUCUAUCGAUACGUCCCUGGUAUCCGUCAACGACACAGAGAUAGCCUGAUGAGCAUGCGAGAAUCGUUCCAUACCUUCCUCGUCGAUCCAGAAUCUCAGUUGACCAAGGAUUUCCAACAAUUAAGCAGAGAUAUGCUCAAAUCCCAGCUAGUAGACCGGCCGGAUCUGCUCGAAAAGCUCACGCCUGACUAUCCAAUGGGCUGCAAGCGCAUCCUCCUCACUGAUGAAUACCUCCCAGCUCUAUGUCAAGAGAAUGUGUCGUUGGAGACCCGAAGACUCAAAGAAUUCACGUCCAACGGAAUCAUGGUCGAAGGAGAGGAGAUAGAGUGUGACUUGAUCAUCUUCGCCACUGGCUUUCGAACUGUUGACUUUAUGCACCCAAUCAAAGUGACAGGACUUGAUCAACGAUCACUUUCCGAAGACUGGAAGGAUGGCGCGCGUGCAUUGUAUGGAGUCGCAGUCGAAAAUCUCCCUAACUUCGGCAUGCUAUACGGUCCAAACACAAACCUCGGCCACAAUUCAAUUAUCCUCAUGCUUGAAGCUCAGUCCCAAUACAUUACGACAUUGGUGAAGAUGGUGCUCGACGGUCGCAGCCGGGGAAAACCCAUUCGGGUGCUUCCUCGUGUCGAGAGGACUUCUGCAGGGCUUGUGACCAACAACUGGCCAGGCACUGUUGUUGAAUAUCAAAAACUGCUGUCCAAGGUUGAUUGGAAUGACUACGAGAUAAUCGAUGGGACGGCAGGGUCCUCGCACCGUCAUGCUGCAGAGGUUGAGUCGUUGAGCCAAGAGGCCAAAGUGAGCUACAAGGCGAUGGGAUUGACUGUAUUGAGUGUUCUUGCAGUGACUGGAUUACUUAGAGGUGGUGAGCGACUGCUGCACUUUCGUUAG